UUCGCGGAAAAAGAAAGAACUAUGAGGAAGGGGGUGAUGGAGGUGGUAGGUGGAAGGAGAAGUGAAGGACAGCAACGUUCUCUUACGACUGUGUCGUCUUCUAACUCUAUGCACUGACCUACCAUCUAACUUGGAAGCCCACCCACCGUAUUCAUUCCUACUAUCAGAGCUUCCAUUCCUUGUUUUGUCAGCAACAAAAAGGCUUGUCCCCCACCCUCUCAUUCUCUCUCUCCUGCAUUCAGACCAUCACAGGUUCCGUGCACUUGUGAGCUUGCACUCUGCUUCUUCCAAUCUUUUUUUGCUUACGUGACCUUGUUUCUGGAUUAUUUUUCCCUUUUCUUGUUUCACUUGGAUACCCUCAAAUGGCAAAGGAAGGGGUGACCCAGGAAGAGGAGGUUGUUCUUGCGGAAGAAGUUGAUAAUAUAAGGGUGAUCACCUUAAACCAGCCCCGCAAAUUGAACGUCAUUUCGUCUAGAGUGGUUUAUCUGCUGGCUGAAUACUUGGAGAGAUGGGAGAAAGAUGAAAAUGUACAACUUGUGAUCAUCAAGGGAGCCGGUCGAGCUUUCUCUGCUGGUGGAGACUUGAAAAUGUUCUAUGAUGGCAAAAAAUCAAAGGAUUCCUGCCUGGAAGUGGUCUAUAGAAUGUACUGGCUUUGCUAUCACAUCCAUACCUACAAGAAAGUCCAGGUCGCUCUUGUUAAUGGAAUCUCAAUGGGUGGAGGCGCGUCUUUAGUGGUACCAAUGAAGUUUUCUGUUGUCACGGAAAAGACGGUUUUUGCUACUCCAGAAGCGAGCAUCGGGUUUCAUACUGAUUGCGGUUUCUCCUACAUGCUUUCCCAUCUCCCUGGACGGCUGGGGGAAUACUUGGCUUUAACUGGUGCGAGGCUGAAUGGCAAAGAAUUGGUUGUAGCUGGACUAGUGACCCACUUUGUCCCUUCAGAGAAACUUCCUGAGCUGGAGAAGCAUCUGAUGAGUUUGAAAUCCGGUGAUGAGAAUGCCAUUAGGUCUGCAAUUCAAGAAUUUGCAAUAGAAGUUCAGCCCGAUGAAGAGAGUGUCCUGAACAAGAAGGCUGUAAUUGACGAGUGUUUUUCAAAGGAUAAUGUUGAAGAUAUCAUAAAAUCAUUGGAAUGUGAGGCAAGCAAAGAAGGGAAUGGGUGGAUAGGACCGGUGCUCAAGGGGCUAAAGAGAUCAUCCCCUACUGGAUUGAGAAUGACCCUAAGAUCGGUGCGUGAAGGCCGCAACCAAAAACUGUCUGAAUGUUUGAGAAAGGAAUUUAGACUAACAAUAAACACUCUACGAAUGGUGAUAUCCGAAGAUGUAUAUGAGGGAAUCAGAGCUGUUUCUCUCGACAAGGACAAUUCUCCCAAGUGGGAUCCGGUGACUCUUGAUAAAGUGGAAGAUGACAAAAUCGAUCUCGUGUUCCAACCAUUCCCAGAUGAUCUUGAGCUCCAGAUCCCAGAAAAGGAAGAAUGCAGGUGGUCUGGGAAAUUUGAGAGCACGCCGUACUCAGCUAUGCAAGUGACGAACAAGACAAGCUGAAAUUUUGCAGUUUCUAUAGCUUGCGAUCUCCCGUGACAUGUUUCCCUCAAGAUGAUGGAGUGAACUGUGACGAUGAAGAGUGCCUGCUAUGAAUGCGCUAUGGCAAGCGUUUCUAUCGGCUAGGAUUGGUGUACUGAUCAGAACUUCCCUUGUUACUUAACUUGCAUAUCAAGAAUAUGAAUUGUAACAGAAUCCAAACUCAGAAACUCUAAUAAUCGCACAAUGAUCGCCGACGGGCGACAGGUUAGCUCAA